UCAAAGAGCGAAAUUUUCGCUUAGCUCGGGGUAGCCUGCGGUCCUAUCAGCCACCGAUCUGAGCCCUCGAUUCCGACGCGAUUUCGAAUGGCGUCCACGUACAGAGAUCGGACGUCCGAGUUCCGAGCGCUUACGGAGACUCUGAAGAAGGUCGGAGGAAUCAGAGCCGUCAAUCAAGCAGAAAACGACCCGGCUCCAUCGAAACCACUGGCUCCAGCCUCGUCUAGAUCCGAAUUCAACAAGAAGGCCUCGCGAAUCGGAUUGGGGAUCCACGAGACGUCCCUGAAGAUCGCCAGACUCGCCCAACUGGCGAAAAGGUCAUCAAUGUUCGACGAUCCGAUUGUGCAAAUACAGGAAUUAACGGGUCUGAUAAAAAACGACAUUACGGCGCUGAACGUUGCUCUCUCGGACCUACAGACUAUUCAAAACAUUGAAAUAGCCGACGGGAAGUACUCCGAGGAUAGAGUGGUUCACUCCACAGCUGUCUGUGAUGACUUGAAGGGCAAACUCAUGGGCACUACCAAACAGCUUCAAGAUGUUUUGACAACAAGAACUGAGCAUAUCAAGGCACAUGAGAAUAGGAGACAAAUGUUCUCCAAGAAUGCAUUAAGAGAGAACCCUUUUCAGCAAAAUGCAAAAACUGUGACCGAACCACCCCCUUGGUCCAGUUCAUCGAAUGGAGCUGCGAAUCCACAGCCAUCGGCAUUGUCAGCAAAUGGAGUUCAAGUUGGCAACCAGCUGAGGCGGCGGUCAGCUGUUGAGAGCACUCCAUCCCAACAGAUGGAAAUGUCCAUGUUACAGCAAGUGGUUCCACAGCAAGAAAAUUAUACACAAAGUCGGGCAGUUGCUCUUCACAAUGUAGAAUCCACUAUUUCGGAACUCAGUGGGAUCUUUACGAAUUUGGCUACAAUGGUUGCACAGCAAGGGGAAUUGGCAAUCAGGAUUGAUGAUAACAUGGAUGAGUCAUUGGCAAACGUUGAAGGUGCUCGCAAUGCUCUAUUGAGGUAUCUUAACCAAAUAUCAUCAAAUAGGUGGCUUAUGAUAAAGAUAUUUGCCAUUUUGAUAUUUUUCCUUGUGUUCUUCAUUUUCUUUGUGGCCUAAAUGUCAUUACUGAGAUCCACCAAUCUAGUUCUUGCUGCAUGGGGUAUUCAGGCUUCUCCCUGUCUGUCCAUCAGAUAACUUCUGAGGGAAUACGUUACCUUAUGUGGGAAUAAGUAGGACUCACUUUUGUGUAAAUUUAUUGGGCAUUCCCAUUUUACAAUUUUUACCCAUAUCUUGUUGAAGCUUGUAGUGAUCUCUAGAGAAACAUAUAUAUAGGAAUAUUUGUUUGUGUUGUGUAUGAAUCAGAUGAUUGAGCUUGAAAUUGUAUAUGUGACUGAUGUUAUAUUGAUACCAAGUUUUGUAAUAUCAUCUU